UCAAGAAGUGCAUUGUCAUCCACCGCCUCUCACAUUGACCAGGAAAUAAAUAAAUAUAUUCCUGAAACGAUACAAAAUAAAAGGGUAAAAACGUCAAAAAUAAGAAACAAGACAUCCGGCGAUGGAAGACGACGGGAACACGGUGGCGGUUGUGGUAGGGUUGAUAGACAAAGCAACCAACUCAACUAAACCUGACUUGGAUCCGAGACUCCUCAAAUCAAUCAAAUCUGUUGUCCGUCACUCGGAUUCGGAGCUCCGGUUUGCCGUUGAAAACCUAAUGAGCCUCAUGAAACGAGAUCACUCUCAGGUGCGGUAUCUUACACUAACUAUAAUUCACGAACUGUUCAUGCGGUCAAAGCUUUUUAGAACCCUAGUCGUCGAGAAUUUGGACCAGUUGUUGACUUUGAGUGUUGGUUUUAGAAGAAACCAGCCACUCCCUGCACCUCCAGCCAUCGCGUCCAAAUUGCGUACGAAAGCGAUAGAAUAUUUAGAGAAAUGGAACACCACAUUUGGUAUCCAUUACAGACAGCUUCGGUUAGGGUAUGACUACUUGAAAAACACGCUUAGGUAUCAGUUUCCUAAUCUUCAAGCAAAUGCGGCAAGAAUUCAGCAGGAGAGAAGAGAACGAGAGUUACGAACCAAAGAGAUUCUUUUGAAGAAGUAUGAAUUGUUGAAGUCUAAUAUAUCUUCAAUUAAGGAUGAAGUUAAUUCGAUAGUUGAUGAAAUUAGUGAAUGCUUAGAUAUCCUUAUAAGUUCUAAAGAAGAAAACGUACCACUGGAUCCUGUUGACGAAGAAGAUUUCGAGGAUUUUCGUAACGUUGAGUUGCGAACGAUUCGUGAAAACUCGUUAAAAGAAGCAGACAAAGUGCAGGAAAAUAGUGAAAAUAAAGUGGUGUUCGAUGCGUUAAGAGAACUUUACAAGCUGUUAGUGACUAAACAUUUAGUUGCGGUGCAAGAAUCGAUUUCGGUUCUCAUAAGGGUAGAAUUGUCAGAUAACAGACUUAGAGACUCCAUGUUAAAGGAAUUCAUCGAUAUUAGAAAUCAUCUCAAAUUGAUAAAAAAGAAAUGUGAAGAAGCCGGAUGCGUUAUUUCAACCCGUGAAAACGAUGAAGAAGAAGAUAUAUGGGAAGAGGGCGCAAGUGAAUCGUUUAAUACAUCAAAACAGGUUACACCCGAUAAACCCGAUAAACAAAAUGAUUCUGCAGGUUGCAGUAAUAGUAAACCAACAAACGCUAAAGCGACAAAUGUUAAAUUGAAGGCGAAUCCCGAUAUGGAUCCGUUAAAAAGCAAGCUUAUGGUUGAAGCCCCGGUAAUGAGAUGGGGUUCGUUUCUGGAUAACUGGGGUUCAAACCGUGGUUAUAUGGCUAACCAACGAGGGUUAGAGGUUGAAGCUCAUUGGGGUAGAGUUGACCACGAUGCAGUUAUUCCAGCUAACAAAAUCGCUGAACUAAACGUGCAAGCAACCGUAUACGAAGAAGAACAUAAAGAAAUUCAACAAUGUCGUGCACCUUUAAAAAAGGGCGGGCUGUGUGAGAGACGGGAUUUGAAAGUAUGCCCGUUUCACGGGCCCAUCGUUGCUCGAGAUGAUGAAGGAACACCGUUAAAUCAAGAAAAUCAAGAACCCGAUACGAAGAAUUUUUCUAGAGAGGAAUUGUUAAACCAGGCGGUAAAAAAUGUUAGAGAGAGAGAUAAAGAGGUUGUGAAGAAAAGAGAGUAUGAUAAAAAGGAAUUAAAACGCGCAAAGCUUGCGAAAAUUCGUGGGCAUAAUGAAGCGGUGUUACGCGAUGCGGCAAUUGCUUCGACUUCAGUUUCAUCUGCCGUUGGAGACUCGGAUCUGGGGAGAGAAAAAGAUAGUCUUGCAAAGAUGUUGAAAAAGAAAGCAACUGCGAAAGACAGAUUAGCGACGAGGUUGUUGAGUCGGAAGGCUAUUGCAAGACAGGCGAAUCUAGAAGAUGAUCAUUUAAAGUACCGAGAAGCCUUUCCUAAUCAAUGGUAAAAGUUUUUUCAAGCUACUUUAUUUGUUUCUUGUGUUCUUUUAUCUUCUCCUUUCUUAUAAGAUAUUUUGAAAUGUGUUAUACAUGAAUGGAUAUAAAGAAUAAGAUAUUCAUGUUGUUCAACUGUUUGUAUAAGAAAGAACAUUUCUAAAGACAAGUAGUAAAGACUGUAAAUUUCAUUUUUAUGGGUUAUAUAGUAUUUUGAUAUUUGUUUA